CGCUACAUCAUCCGACGCGAAACAUCGCCGUAUUAGAGCAACGAUUAAACGCUGUCGAAUUUUUUCUGAAUUCGAAGAACCAUAGCGUUGUCGAGAAUUUAUCGUCUUGCUUAAGGCACGUAUAUCGUUUGACCAACACCGUGCUUGCCUGUUGUUCCGGACCGCAAGCCAAGCCAUCCAAUUGGUAUAAAUUGCACAAGACCAUUUCGCACGUAAUUUGUAUCGCGGACAUAUGCGAAGAAUACGCAGGACGAAUAGAACUGUUUAGGCAAAUAGCCGAAAGUAUCACAAGCGAGAUGCAAUACGUUAAGUACUUUAUCGAAUACAUAGUGGAUUUUGGCGAGAGCAGACGCGAAGGCAAGCUCGUGGUUAAACCGAAUGUCGACCCCUUGCUGGACGAACUGAAUCAUGUGCGACGUACUUUGCCUGAACUGCUCACGCAAAUGGGAGAGAAAGAUAUGCGAGAGCAUCUUCCAUCUUCUGUCACCGGUUGUAACAUGCUAUAUUUGCCAAACAUUGGCUACGUUUUAGCGAUAAACGAGUGGAAUCCGACUCCGCCGACGGAAGAUGCUACUUACCCUGGUUUGGAAUUCAAAUUCAGCAUUAAUCAAGUGCAUUAUUACAAAAGUGCUUCGGCGAAAGAAUUAGACGAGACCGUGGGUGACAUCAUAUUGAAAAUAGCUGUUCGGCAGAAUCAUAUCGUACAAAAGUUAAUACGAUACAUAAAGAAACACACAGGAACAAUUUUACGCACGAUUCAACUGUGCGCCGAAUUGGACAUUUUAUUGGUGUUUUACAAAGUGGCGCGCGAUUAUAACUAUGUCAGACCAAACGUGACCGAGUCAAAGAUCAUAAAUGUGGUCGAAGGACGGCAUCCGCUAAUGGAAUGCGCGACGACGUUCGUGCCAAACGACAUACGUUCGGGGGAAGGUGCAAGUUUAAUCAAAGUUUUAACAGGGCCAAAUUCUUGCGGCAAAAGCGUAUACCUAAAACAGAUUGGACUCGUAGUGUUCAUGGCUCAUAUAGGUUGUUACGUUCCUGCAAGAACCGCGACGAUAGGAACGAUAUCUCGUGUUCUGACUCAAAUGUCGAACACAGAAAGCAUCGGACUGAACGCGAGUUCGUUUCUACAGAACCUUCGGCAGAUAAACGUGGCUCUACGCGCAUCUACAUCAGAUUCGAUCGUAAUAUCGGACGAAUUAGACAGAGGAACGUCCGAAAUUAGCGGAUUGUCGCUGGUUGCAGCCGUACUGAACACGUUCGCCGAAAGAGGUUCGGACUGUCCUCACGUGUUUGCCGCGACGCACGCGUAUAACGUACUUGCGUUACUGCCUCAAACUCCUGUAAUCGAGACUCAGAAUGAAACGUAUCGUCGAUCGAUUCAAAGGGGACAACGAUUUAGAUUUGGAGGAACUAAAAACAUUAGUGCGGCAAGCUGUGUUUCCGAAAUAAUCGCAGGCACCUCGAUUCGAAUAAAGUAGUCGUCUGCUACGAAGACCAAUCGUUACAGUGACAAAUAAAUAAAACAUCUUUGUAUUUUAUACGUAAACGAAUGAAAAUAAAACGAGUUGAAUUUCGAGAUAAAAUUAAGAUAUCUGGUCUUCCGCAACAGCAGGCCACCGAUAUUUAUCGCUACGUUUCAAUUUCACGUCCGGAGUCUGGUUUUUAUCUCCGACCUGAUCGUGUUUAAAUAUUUUCAAGUGGUUACGAUCAGGCGGAGAAAAUGGCUGACGGAGCGAUGUCUGAAAUUGCCAAUAGAUGGAGAGAGAAUGCAGCUGCUCGAAAAGAAGUACGUGCACAGUAACAGAUGUCGCGGCGGUAAUGGUCGACCGAGAGUUGGCGCUCGCAGUCUUUCCGUUGUCAAUAACGGACACUGGCAGUAUCCCGGCACAAAAUCCCGGAAACAUCUCGUUCGUGAAAUUCAACGAAUCUUCGAAUGUAAUUUCGAGUCGUUGCGUUUUCGUUUUGGCGUAGUUAAAAAUUCGCGGAAAGAGAGCGUGCUGUCGCGCGGGUUACACGAGCUACCGUUUAAACGAGAAUUCGCAAAACGGGCGUGCCUUGGACACAAUCGGCGACGUCCCUGACGUGAAAAUACACAACGGCAAGAGGUGGUGGACAACGACAGCGAGACUGCGACUGCGGUUAAGAUUGCGACAAAGAGAAGAACGAACAGCAGCGAGGAUAAAGCACGGGGACACCGUGUACCAGCAAAAUAGGGCAGAAAAACGA